GUCUGUACUCAGACUCGCUGCGUGGCUCAAACAGUAGCUCACCGAGCAACAAAGUUUCCACGUUGUUCCUGCGCGGACAAACCAGAAGUUCGAGGAUAGACAAAUGGCUUUUCCGUUUUUGUGCUGUUUAGGACGUGAUAUAGUUUUAAAUUCGAAAAGCGGGUUUGUCUAAAUUGCGGUGCAACUUCAUACAAAUCGGCGACGGAUCAAGUUGUAGCCGAGAUAAAGGAAUCUGGAUCGGUCCUGCUCCUAUCAAGAUCAAAGCCAAGAUGUCUGUCAGCAACCACGAAAACAGAAAGUCUCGCUCCAGCUCUGGCUCCAUGAAUAUCCAACUCUUCCACAAGACGUCCCAUGCUGACAGCUUGCUGACUCAACUCAACCUGCUGCGCAAACGCAAAGUCUUCACCGAUGUUGUGCUGAAAGCCGGCAAUCGCUCUUUCCCCUGCCACCGGGCCGUCCUGGCUUCCUGCAGCCGAUAUUUCGAGGCCAUGUUCAGCGGCGGGCUCAGGGAGAGUCGUGACGCUGAUGUCAACUUCCACGACUCUCUCCACCCAGAGGUGCUUGAGCUCUUGCUCGACUACGCAUACUCUGCUAGAAUCAUAAUCAAUGAGGAGAAUGCAGAGUCGCUCCUUGAAGCUGGAGAUAUGCUUCAGUUCCACGACAUCAGAGAUGCAGCGGCAGAGUUCCUAGAAAAGAACCUCCACCCAUCUAACUGUCUGGGGAUGAUGCUGCUGUCAGACGCCCACCAGUGCCAGAGACUGUACGAGCUGUCAUGGAGGAUGUGCCUGGCAAACUUCGCUACUCUCUUCAAGACAGAAGACUUCCUCAGCUUGCCCAGAGACAAAGUCAAGGAGCUAAUCCUCAGUGAAGAACUGGAGGUGGAGGAUGAGAGCUUGGUGUACGAGGCUGUUAUCGACUGGGUCAAAGCCGAUAUGGAGCAGCGGCACAAUGAGUUGCCUGAGCUGCUGCGCUGUGUCCGCCUGGCGCUGCUGCCUGAAUCCUACCUGCUGAAGAACGUUGCUUCGGAGGAGCUUGUGAUGUGCCACAAAGUGGGGCGGGAGAUCGUUGAAGAUGCUGUGCGGUGUAAGAUGAGGAUCCUUCAGAAUGAUGGCAUUGUAACAGGGUUCUGUGCACGGCCCAGAAAAGUCAGCCAGGCCCUUCUGCUGCUGGGAGGACAGACUUUCAUGUGUGAUAAAGUCUACAUGAUCGAUAACAAGACCAAGGAGAUCACACCAAAAACCGACAUCCCCAGCCCCAGGAAAGAGUGCAGCGCCUGUGCUAUAGGGUGCAAGGUUUAUGUUACUGGAGGCCGUGGCUCUGAGAACGGAGCCUCAAAAGAUGUCUGGGUGUAUGACACGUUACACGACGAGUGGUCCAAAGCUGCGCCAAUGCUGGUCGCCAGAUUUGGGCACGGAUCUGCAGAGCUCGACCACAUGCUGUACGUCGUGGGAGGACACACAUCUCUCACAGGAUCCUUCCCUGCCUCUCCAUCUGUCUCUCUUAAACAGGUGGAACAGUACGACCCGCAGACCAAUAAGUGGACGCUGGUGGCUCCACUCAGGGAAGGAGUGAGCAACGCUGCCGUUGUCGGUGCCAAAAACAAACUCUUCGCCUUUGGGGGCACCAGCGUCAACAGAGACAAAUAUCCAAAGGUGCAGUGCUUUGAUCCCUGCCAGAAUCGGUGGUCGGUACCGGCUGCUUGUCCGCAGCUGUGGCGGUACACGGCAGCGGCCGUGGUUGGCAACCAUGUGGUCGUGAUCGGAGGCGACACAGAAUUCUCAGCCAGCUCAGCAUACCGGUUCAACAGCGAGACGUACCAGUGGUCAAAGUUUGGUGACGUGACGGCGAAACGGAUCAGCUGUCAUGCAGUGGCAUCAGGAAACAGACUAUAUGUAGUUGGGGGGUACUUUGGAGCUCAGAGGUGUAAGACACUAGACUGUUACGAUCCAUCAUCAGACUCCUGGGACAGUGUAACCAGUGUGCCCUACUCUCUCAUUCCUACUGCCUUCGUCAGCACAUGGAAGUACCUCCCAGCAUAAAGAUGCACUGACUCUCCCAGACUUCCUGAUGAGCUAUGGCGUCUGGUAUGCGGGCAUGUGUCUCUCUUCACUGGCUCCGAGGAGGAGGAAGAUGAAGACGAAGGGGGGUUUGUGUUUUCCCAUUAUGGCUCCAUCCAGCCCGAUGGACAUUAUAUUCAGCUGCAGAGAUCCAAAGGCCUGGUAACAGCCCAGAGACUGGAAGUCUACGGCCUCUUCCCACCUGAUCUGUUUACUUGUACUUUGUGUAACUUUCCCAUGCAGCCUGCAGUUUGAGUGGGACUUGUUGCCAUGCCAACUCCAAGGAGCUCUCAGCCAUCUCUGAAACCCACUGACUUCUCUUUUUCCUCCUCCUGGGGCAAAUAAGCUACUGCGACUGUAUAAGCCCUGCACUGCUCAGAUGACCUACCCCACUAUCACACAUGUAUCAUCUCACCAGUACGCCACCAGUUUAACUGGCUGGUUUGUUUUACAAAAAGUGAAGCUGUCCUUCUGUUGGACUUUCUCUCCACUCCUGACACGUUUACUCAGGUCUAAAGUUUUUGGACUGAACUGAUUUAGGCUGAAUUAGACCCUUGUGAAGCCAGGCAUAUGGAGAAGGAGAGAAGACGUGUGGAAGUGUGUGAUUUUGUGCACAGAAACAAUCUUUCUAUCUGUAUUUUUAGCAUUUGGACUUGGGCUUCCCUCAAUUUUGGUGAGCUAAAUUUGUACCUUCCUCCACAUCUUAAAAAAAGAAGAAAAAAAAACUCAUGAGGGAGAAUGUGGCCCAUCAUGGCUGAAGGAGAUAUUUAUCUGUUUCAAGAUGUUAUUUCAGACGAUGAGUUUUGUCCAUUUCGUGUCUCAGGGUUGUGUUUUUUUUUUGUUUUUUUUUAGCCUGUAUUUGUUCAAGGAAAAGUUACAUAGUCUGUUUGUCCAUUCUCUCUUUCUCUGAAUGUACUAUCUCUGUGAUUAACAAUUUUACAAAAUCUCUCAUUUUAGAAAAAUUUCCUUACGUUGAUUAUGUUUAAUAUCGAAACAUAAAUAUUGCCAAAACAAAUAGUUAACCUUAGUGUUAUUUUGUUUUUAAAUAACAAAAAACUAAGUAGUUAGCUUUGUAGAUUUUGUUAUUUUUUCCAUUUUAUCUUUGAAUAUCUCUUUAAUAGAAGUAUUUUGUGUAUAGUUUGUAUAUUUACUUUGUAAUUAAUGUGUAGAUGCAUUUGAUUUGCACAAUUUGUUCAAGGAAACUUCUCAUUGGUCUUAAUUUUGUAUCUUUUGUGUUAACCCAGCUUGGGUUGUGUGAAUAAUUAAAGCUUUUUUGUAGCAUAUUUGCAAGUUGCAUCUCUCCAAAAUCUUCAUUGUGGCCCUGUGCAAAUCACCAAUAUAUUAAAGUUUGUCAGUUAUACUGAUGUAUGAAGCUAUUACUGAUACAACCUGUUACUUCUUGUUUUUCUGCUUAUAACUGGUCAAUAAAAAGGGUCGUGUUGAAAAGUA